UUUUGAUCCGAUACAACUGAGAACUUCAACCCGCAUUCAUAUUGGUGAUUGGGCUUGAUCCUCAUGGAGUGUGGCCUGUUUAAUUGAGUUGGAGAACUGCCGUUGGAAGCGACAAUGCUUCAGCUGCCGCAGGAUUUUAGUUUUCAGAGUUAAGACCAAAGUCAUCAUGGCUGGCGAAGACAAGCCGGUGCUGGGGACUUCCAUUCCCCGCGAGACGACGCUGAUACUCAUUUGGGUCUUCUUUGCGAUAUGUACGAUGCUACUCAUCUGUCGGUUCGCGAUUCGAUUGUGGCUGCAUGGACAACUCUUCUGGGACGACAUCUUCGCAGCAAUUGGUUAUGUGUUGCUUCUCGGCCACGAUGUAGUGGCCACGAUGGUCACGCCGGCAAUUUACAUGAUGAUUGGAACAUAUACAGGAGGCCCCAAACCACCGGACUUCCUAGACCAAGUUACCUACCUGGUUAAGUUGAUGUUUACGGCCAACAUCCUCUUCAUUCUCUGUUUGUAUUCGGUCAAAGCAAGCCUGCUGGCCUUGCUUUGGAGACUUGUCAAGAAUCUCACCACAUUCCGUCGUGGAUGGUGGGCGAUUACCGUAAUCACGGCUAUCGGGGCGCUUGUCACCAUCAUUCUGGCCCCUAUUUCGUGCUCGGAUUUGAGGGCUUUCGGAUGCACUUCGCCGAAAGAUAUCGAACGAGACCUCAUCACAGUGAGAUUCACUGCCGCGUCAGAUAUUCUAACAGAUCUUUUAAUCAUGUCCCUCCCGGUCGCGUUCAUUCUCACUUCUUACCUUCCCACACCUCAAAAAAUCGGUCUUAUCGGACUCUUUGCGCUCGGAUUCACAGUCAUUGCCAUGUCGAUUCUCCGCAUCGUUGUGAAUGAUAAUAAAUCCAAGCAUCCCCCCCCUGCGUGGCUCCUCUUCUGGAGUGCAAUGGAAAGCACGGUCGCCGUUAUGGUAUCAUGUUUUGCCUCCUUCAAAUCGCUCUUCACACUUCGCAAACGGCCCUCAGCAUACCUCAACGAGACAUCGUAUCUCCAGUCGAAGAGUAAAUCGGGUCGGAGCGAAGCUAGGAAUAGUAUUGCGUUACGAUCUCGCAACCGAUUCGAGCGAUCUCCCGGGGCUACGAAGGCGGAUAUGAACACCGUUGUGAUAUCGAGCGAGGGAGAGCCCAAUAAGUGGAGUGACGACGGUUCGAGAGAGGAGAUAUUGCAGAGAACCGAAGUCGAAGUGCGGUACGAGUCAGCAUCUAUCCCCGGGCAGUCCACAGUACCGGUAGCUCCGCAGCCAUAAUGUCCAUUUUUUUUGUCUUUGAUGUGGCCAAGUCGGAUUCUCGAAACGGAGUCGAAUGGGAAAGGAGGGGAUUCGAGGUAAUAGCGUACGCUCGAAGUAUGUAUGUACACACCCUAGAGAUUCCCGGCUUCGCAAUUUUUGGCGUGGUCCCGGAACCUACCCUGCGUGAUUGGUUUCAUUGUCCCACUGCGUUUUCUUUUUUCUUUUGUUUAAUAUCGAAGCGUGUACACAUAAUAAUAUCCACAUACUUAAUGUUUGCUGAAUGAGUUUCCUUUG